GUCAGGUGCCCAUCUGUGGGGGGGAUGCCACAGUCCCGUCUGUGUCUCGGGCCGUGCAGCCACCAAGGUGCGAAGCCCUGCAGCAGGUCGGUCCGCGUCAGCCGCGCGCGUUGUCGCUGCCUGAUGGCUCUCUGGGCUGUUGGCCACUCGGCGGCUGGGUUUGGAGCUGCGUGGAGGAAUGAGGCUCGAGGCCCGAGGAAGGAUGGCUGGGAAGAGGGGUAGACUCCCAAAAGGAAGGCUCCUUGUUUGUUUUGAGAGACAUGUUCAUCUUGUGCUCGCGGCUUUGUUUUCAGGCAUCAGGAGGUGCUGGGAAUCACGGGCAGCUGGUACAGGUGACCAUUCAUGCCCGACAGCCCCGAAAGCGCGUCCUGCCCCAGUCAAGAAGAGCAGGAUCAGCCAGAUCAGGGAGCAGCUGCUGGCAGAUGGCCGUGGAGAUCAUCAGCCAUGCAGGCUGUGCCAUGCCUUCCCGGGAGAGUCUGGAGCACAGUGUGAUGCUGGAUAGCUCUACAGAGCGUGGCCAAAGCAGGGCAGAGCUUGGGAGGGUCCUUGCUGACCUGGCAGCAGUGGCAGAAGUCAGUAGCCUUGGCCCUGUGCUGAGAGACCACAAGCCCAUGGAAGGCCCUGGUGCCUGCGCCAUGGCCUUGAUCUGCGGGGACUGCGGCAAGAGCUUUGCCAGGAAGUCGGACUUCAAAGUGCACCAGCGAAUCCACACGGGGGAGAGGCCCUACACAUGCUCCUACUGCAGCAAGGGCUUCUACCAGGCCUCCAUGGUUCGGCGGCACGAGCGCACACACACCGGCGAGAAGCCAUACCGCUGCUCCGUGUGUGACAAGUCUUUUGCCCGCUCCACCUCGCUGCUGAUCCACCAGAAUACACACACUGGCGACCGGCCGUACGAGUGCCCCUUCUGUGAGAAGACCUUCUCCGACCCCUCCACCCUUCUCCAGCACCGCAAGAUGCAUAUGGGCCUCAAGCCCUUCCACUGCGGGAUCUGCAACAAGUCCUUCAGCCAGUCGUCCAGCUUCACCUUCCACCGGGCCACACACACCAAUGAUCGCCCUUUCAUCUGUGCUGAUUGUGGCAAGGCCUUCAUCCGCUCCACAGCCUUGCUUAAGCACCGCCAGACCCAUGCAGAUGAGCGGCCUUACAAGUGUGUGCAAUGUGGGCGGGCCUUUAAGAAAUCCAGCAACCUGCUGAGCCACAUCGAUACCCACAGUGGGGCCAAGCCAUAUGCCUGCGAGCUGUGUGGCAAGGCCUACUCCCACCAGGGCACUCUGCAGCAGCACCGGCGGCUGCACACAGGUGAGCGCCCCUACAAGUGCCCCUUCUGCAUCAAAGCCUACACCUGGUCCUCAGACUACCGCAAGCACAUCCGCACGCACACAGGUGAGAAGCCCUACCAGUGCCUGGACUGUGAGAAGGCCUUUGUGCGCUCUUCCGACCUGCGCAAGCACCAGCGCAACAUGCACAGCAAUGACAAGCCCUUCCCCUGCCCAGACUGUGGCAAGACCUUCAACAAGCCACUGUCCCUGCUGCGCCACCAGCGCACCCACCUGGGUGAGAAACCCUUCCCAUGCCCUGACUGUGGCAAGGAGUUCGCUGUGGCCAGUCGCAUGGUGGAGCACCAGCGGGUCCACACUGGUGAGCGCCCCUUCUCCUGCUCUGUCUGCGGCAAGGCCUUCACCAAGUCCUCCAAUCUCUUUGAGCACCAGACGCUGCACACAGGCCAGCGUCCUUUCAAGUGCUCUGAGUGUGGCAUGGCCUUUGCCCAGUCCUCCCGCCUCAUCCGCCACCAGCGCAUCCAUACUGGGGAGCGUCCCUUUUCCUGUGCCCAGUGUGGCCAGGCCUUCGCCCGCUCCUCCACUCUCAAGCGGCACCAGCAAAUCCAUAGCGGGGAGAAAACCUACCUGUGCUCAGACUGUGGCAAGGCCUUCCGGCAUGCCUCCCAGCUUACCCAGCAUGCACGGGUGCACACGGGCGAGAGGCCCUACAGAUGCCCCCAGUGCAGCAAGGCCUUCACCCAGUCCACACACCUUGUCCGCCACCAGUCCAAGCAUGGCAUCGGGAAAGGGGAGCCAUUCUCCUCCAAUGAAUGAAUGAGCCUCUUUCCUCUGGAGGGGGGGUGGGGGCAGGACCCCUUCUCCCCCACCUGCACAAGGAGGCUGGCUCCCCAUCAGCAGGAUUAGCCUCUCCCCACACUAGAGAAGCACUUUGCUUUGGACACUACUUUCAAUCUCUCUCUCCUGAUUGCUUAGAGGGGUCUCAGCCUUCCCCACUGAACCCCAUGAAACUGGGGCACAGAUGGGAAGGCAAGCCAGUGCAGAUCCUGGUCAACCAGGCUUUGGAGGUUCAUUCUUCCUCCUCUUUUAGGGCAGCAGACAAGCCAGGGAGCAAUAAGUAUCAGCAUAAAAUAAAGCUUCUUGAAAUAGACGAUCUCCCGACACAGGGCUGAAUGCCACAAAAAUGAGCUGAACCAGGCAGAGAUAAAUAGGAGAGUGAACUGUGUACAGCAGUAUAGACCAGGGGUUGUUCUCAAAAGGAGUUGCUUGCUAACCAGAGAAUUUGUUUUCACCAAUGCACAGGAAAAGAGCCCAAUCAAAGCUACAUUUGCCUACCUGUAAUAGGGGCAGGGGAGUAAGGAGAGCAAUUAUAAACAAUGUUUACACCUUAUUCAUCUGUCCAGUCAUAUAAUUCAGUUCUCUGCCAAGAUCUCCCUGAUGGGCAAGGUCUGAGAACCCAUCACCCACUGACUGAUAUGCCACAAACCUGUUUUUCUUUCAGAGGAUCUCAUGCCCAUUCCUCUGUACCCAAAAAUGUAGACCUAUUCUGAAAAGUGACUAGAUAAGAAAAAGGCAGUGCUACUCCUUUUGUGUUGAUUUAAAACUGCAUCUGCAGACUUCAGUGACAAAACAGCACUUUUUUUGCACCUGUUUGCCCUCCAGACCAGCUCAGUUAAGGAACUGUGAACUGUAGUCUAUCAUAGCUCAUGCUUCACUAGCAAACUUAUUUAAUGAGGGCUAGUCUAUAUGUAGAGAUUGCACAGAUUUCACUGAUUUAAUUUAAACAAACAAACCAGUUAAAGUGAUGAGUAGGCAAGAUCUAAAUUCACCAGUGAAAGGCCCUGGAAAGAAAUGGACUAGAACAAGGAUUGCUUGGGACACGUUUCAUGGCCAAAAUCUUUGUUACUGUUGAUUACUGGCAAAAACGCACAAGAAGAAAAAAAAUGUUCUGAACACUGAGAGCCCAGGUGAUAUCUACAAGGCUACAACUACAAAAUACAACACUUUUAAUUGAGCACAUUGCACAUGGAAUUCACCAACAGACUAUAAACAAGGAAUCUCAUAGUGUCAUUUUUGGAGAGAGACUUUUCAAAGCAGAAUUGCACUUUGCAAUGUUGUUAUAGAGAUACGUUCCUUAAGAAGAUGUCCCAGUGUACAACUUCUUGAUAUAAGCUGCUUUCCAGAUACCUGCCAUAUGGCACCAUUUACAAAUAUGAAAUUUCAAAUGCAAAAGUAUAUGGUACAUAUGUAUUAUUAUAGGAUAAUUAUAAACUAAAGUACUGACAACAUUAUGAUCUUACCAGUCUGUUGUUAAAAAAAGGAAAGGAAAGGAA